UAAUAGAGCCCAACCAUUCGUGCAUUCCUAAAAUCAAGCUCAAGCCCAACUUUUCGUGCAUUCCUAAAAUCAAAUCCGUCCUCAACAAGUUGAAGAAUCUACUCCAAUGUUCAAAUAAGGCACCGUUGCCAAUUACUAAACGCCGGUGGAUGAUCCCUUGUGCGACUGACCUCCAACUUGCGGGGGUCAAGUUCAAGAUGAAUGAGAAAUCGGAUAACAUCUUGAACGUGAAAUUUAGCCACGGGGUGUUGGAAAUCCCGCCCUUCCUGAUACAUUACCACACCGAUAUUCUCUUUCGGAACCUCGUAGCAUUCGAACAAUGCUGCCUAGAAGCAAAAUUCCACGUUUUCACGACUUACCUUGUGUUCAUGGAUUACCUUGUCAACACGUCCAAGGAUGUGGCGCUGCUCCAUCGGAAUGGGAUCAUAGAUCAUUUUCUGGGAAGCGAUGAUAAUGUGGCCCUUCUAUUCAACCGGAUCUGCAUUGGGAUAUUCCAUAAUUUCAAUGCAAGCUAUCUUUCAGAUGUAAAAGACAAUGUCCAAAAACAUUGCGAGAACAAAUGGAACAUGUGGCGGGCGAGCUUGAAGCGCGAUUAUUUCACCAAUCCAUGGUCUUUCAUUUCCUUGAUGGCGGCUUCCAUCCUCCUCCUGCUCACCAUCACCCAAACGUUCUUCAACGUCUUUCGUUAUUUCCGACCGCGGUCCUAGUUCUUGAUCAUCAUGUUUUAAUGGUUUAGAUUAUUUUGAUUUUUCUCAUUUGUGUUUCUCUACUUGUGUGUGAAAAACAGUACUGCAUAAUAUAAAUCUCUCUUCAUUUUCUUCUAAUUAUGGUAA